AACAGCUGCCGCUCCCGAAAGCGUCAAUCGUCAUGCCACUAUGCCACCACGCAGUCGCCGCGAAUAGUCAUCGUCGAUAACGGUAGCCAUGAUCCGACAAUCCCCAACAUUGAAUGACCGAUAACGUAGCCGAACAGAAGCAAAGGCAUUGCGCGCCCGCGCCCACGCCCACGCCCACGCCUGUUACGACGAGUUUGCCCACGUUGCGAAGCCGGUUAUCGAACCGAUUCCGAACCGAGUGAAUUCGAGACGAGCCGUGAGAGCGUCAGUUGCUUGUGCUUCCCACCGUCGGACCGGGUGCACUGAGCUUUGAACGAUGGAGCUCGUGGCCAGCACCGGCGGUGCUGUGUCGCCGCCAGCUCCCCGGCGGGGGAGACGAGAAAAACCAUGGCCGCCGGGCAAGCAGAAGAAACUGUUGCGGCUUUAUGUUUGCACCCAGAGCGAGCGCCUGCCCCUCAUUCGCAUCCUCGAGCGCCUCAAAGAUGGCUCCUUCGAUCCAAGGCAGCGCAACUCGCACAAGCAUCUCAAGAACCUCCUCCCUGACCGCAGGAUCGAUGACUGGAGGCCCCGGGAUCUGGCCACCAUGCUGGUGCGCGUGCGGUUUCUGAGGUCGGUGCGGGCAGAGCGGAGGAUCAGGAAUCGCAGGGUCCGCAGGCGGCUCGAAGCACAAUCUCGCAAUCCCAUAGCCCACGACAUGCUCGAGCCAGUGGGAACUCGCAUGUCGGUUGACCGACAACAAGUCGAACAGCAGGCCGGAUUUUUCGCCGAAAGCCCCAGCACCGACAGCCCGUCCACGGUCAAGCAGUCCGAAUCUGCCGGGUCCACGCCGCAGGCCGUCAGCACCGGCUCUUCCGACACAAACCACCGGGACAAGUCGCCCUCUCGAGCAUCCUCGACGACGCCCUCGACGAAAUCGGCCAAGCGCAGGUCAUGGGCCUCGGUCCUCUCGAGCAUCUCGUCCGGAAUCUCCAGCUUGGCGCGGUCUUCUUCCUCCGCGUCUUCCAAAAACGUCAACUUCAACCCGUCCGGCGGCAACACGGCGCUCAGCAAGAUGACUCGCGAAGAGUUCUUGGCGAUGCUCCAAGAGAGGCCGCGGAAACCUACUAAACCGAGCGGCGCGGCAGCCGUGGGAAACCUGUUCAAGUCCAAGUACUCGACCGUCAACCCCACAACCGAGGACCUCAACGCUGCACUGGUCCGGAUGUGUUGCGCCGCCCGUAUCGGCCGCGGCCCCCCUGGGUGCGUGCACGAGCGGUUAUCCAAAGCGAUAGACGCCCAAAAGACGGACGGUUACGACUUUACUCACUUCCGCGUCACUGAGGAGGAGGCCAACAUGGUGGACAAGUACGGCAACUCGCUGCUUCACGUGGCGGCGAGAUGGGGCGCCCGCAUCUCCAUCCUUCUCAUGAUCCUAAAGCGCACUGAUGAUGUUCAGAUGAUCAAUCAUCGCGGCGAGACCUUCCUCCAUGUCUACGACCCACCGGAAAACCCUCGCAUGAGGCCGGUAUCCUUCCUCAACCUGAUCCGCACCCUGCGGGCGCGGGGCUUCGACUUUUGCCACAGAGACGUCGACAAGCACACGUUCUUGCACCACCUCGUCGCGAAGAAGGCCUUCCCCAUCGAGACGCUAUAUUAUGUAUUUAGGGAGGUCGGCUACGGCACCGCCCGCUUUCUGGUCGCCAACAAGUCGGCCAAUGGCGAGCGGUUAUGGCACAGCGUCCGUCGGAAUCUGGAGCAGGCCGCGCCAAAGUUGCACCGCAUCUUUGGCGACGAGGUCGAGUUCAUCCGCCGUUAUCUUCCCGAGUUCGGUUCCGAAGGCAAGGCCCCGUCGACCGCCGACACGUCAACCAUCGGUUCCGAUAGCCUCGCCUCCAUUCACCCGACCGAGGUCCCCACCCUCGGCCUCGUCUUCGACCCCAAUGAGAGCAACGCUCAGAAUGUCCGCCGCACGCCCGUCAUGAAGCUCCUCCGCCGCGCCGCCGCCAGCAGGGCUGGGGUUACAGACGCCGAGCUGACGGCCAAACUCGAGCACGUUUUGGAGUCGGCCGCCAAGGCAGCCGAUUUCGAUAUGCAGAGCUUCCUCAGCAAGCGCGAUACCGAGGGUAACACGGCGCUGCAUUACGCCGCCGAGUUCGGGCUCGUCCCGGCCGUGCAGUUUCUCUGCGCCAAGGGCGCAUCGGUCAACGUGUUCAACAACUGCGGCAACACGCCGCUGCAGCUGGUCAAGUACGCCAUCCAGCGCACCGACGUGCGCUCCGACAUCCACAUGGAGGCCCGCUACCUGCGCUGCGCCGUCCUGCUGCUCGAGCAGGGCGCCUUCGAUCAGAGCAAGCUGGUCAGCGAGCGCUCCGUCAUCUCCGCCUACGACGUCUUCGACGGCAGUGAGCGGUCCAUCAGCAACCUUGUCAGGCAGGGCGUCGCCAGCCAAUGUCGUGGUCUCCACCUGCUCACCUCGUCGGUGAGGCAUCAUAGCCCGAGGUAUCUGGAGGAUCUGGAGAGGGACUACGGGUCGGAUGGGCAGAAUGGUGGGUACCUUGGGUAUGACGGAUACGAGCAGCAGAGGAGGGGCAGCGAGAGUAACGGCGGGGCGGCAACUGCGAGGGGCACGGGCGCAGGAAUGUCGAUGACGUUCCAGACGUCGGCGCUCACUUCUCGAGUGGCCACCUGAAAGUUCCCACGUUCCGAGAAGCAUCACGGUUCGUUCUUUUGGUUCUUCCUCUUUGGAUCAUCAAUAUCGGCAUGUGUGUAUGUGUACAAAUACCAUUUGGGGAGCGCCGGUGCAUGGGGGAAAGCGUUCUUUUCUUUGAAGACAUUUCCUUUUUUUUCUUUUUGUUUUUCUUGGGGGGUGGCCUUGGUUGUCUGGGUUGGUUGCCCGAGGCAGGCGUUAAGGAUAUUUCUGUCGAGGCAUGCCAUGGCUGCCCGUCCUUUCUUGUACCUAGUGCUCGAUUACGCAUAUAUAAAACAAAUAAACUCAAAACGCCUGAUGUCGUG